CGCUACAAAAGUCUACAAGUAUGCGGGUUGUGCGCGUCCGUCUGUUGGUCGACUUUCGCAUGUUCUGCAAAAACACCUCACAAAAAAAAUGGCUCAAACUCGGGAAACGUCGUCCCCACUAGCGGAAACUGAAGCUGAAUCGCCUCGGAUUGAAGCAAAUCUCGACCUUGAGGACGACGACCGCGACUCUGCCAUCGACUCGGGUAGUCUCAUUUCAAGCACCACAUCCCUCUCCGAGAGUAUCUUUGACUAUCGGAAGUUGCAUGGCCGCACGUACCAAAACACAAAGACCGCCGAGUACUGGGCCCCGAACGAUGAAAAGCAGAAUGAUGGACUCGAUCUGAUUCACAACGCGUGCUUGAUGCUUAUGGACGAUAAGUUGUUCCUUGCUCCACUUGAGAAGAGCCCCGGCCGCGUGCUGGAUGUAGGAACUGGCACAGGUAUCUGGGCAAUUGAUUUCGCGGAUCAGUACCCAGAGACGGAAGUGAUCGGUACGGAUCUGAGCCCCAUCCAACCUGCCUGGGUUCCACCAAAUGUCAAGUUCAUGAUUGACGAUUGUCUCCUCGACUGGACGUGGCCUGAAAAUCACUUCGAUUUCAUUCAUAUUCGUGCCCUGUACGGGAGCGUUGCCGACUGGGCCGAGUUGUACAAAAAGGCCUUUCGGCAUCUGAAGCCCGGCAAAUGGUUCCAAGACCUUGAGAUGGGAGUGAGGUUUCAGUCAGACCACGUGCAAUAUCCCGAGGAUCAUGUCUUUAACGAACUUUCAAGCCUUGUGUACGAGGCUGGAGAGAAGACCGGUCGGACAUUCCGAAUUUGCGAAGGCAACACGAUGAAGGAGCACAUGGAAGCGGCAGGCUUUGUCGACAUCGUCGAGAAGAAGAUCAAGGCACCGCUCCAUGGGUGGCCGAAAGACCCUCGGCUUCAACAAGCCGGAUUACUCUUGCAACUUGCAUUUGACGAGAGUCUUGAGGGUUUGAAUACGUUUCUUUUGACCCAGGUCUUAGGCUGGCAGACCGAAGAGGCCAUGCUGCUCCAAGCUAAGAUGCGAAAAGAGAGCAGGAAAAUCUCAAACUACCACUGGUUCCAGAUUACUAUUGUAUAUGGGAGGAAGUCGGAUGAAUCAGAACCAGAAUUGGCUACGGCAUAGUUGCGAUUUCGGGGGUUUUGGAGCUUGUUGACCCUCGUGAGAUCGCAGCAACUUUUGGCCGGCAGAUGAGUGCUUCGUAUCUUUAAAACGCAUUUUAUCUUUAUCUAUCGUGUAUUGUCAUUUCUAGCAGGACGUAAAAUAACCCAGGCGAUGCUUUCUCACUUCUCUCGUCAAAACGAGUAUCGCGAGUCCUCAAGAUGCACUCCAACUCCAACCAGUGACAGCUGAAACCUG